CGAUAGCAAUUUAUGUAACGCCGUCGACAGCCUUUGGUGGGGUCAACCGAAUAAACAUAUUCAACAAGCAAUCUCGCGUAGCAGUUAGUCUCACGUUUUUAACUAUGAACAUCGACUUUGAGGGUAAACGCAUUUUCGUAACCGGCGCUGGACGAGGCAUCGGUAAACAGUUGGCCCUCCGUCUCUCCAAGUACAACGCGCAGGUGAUAGCGCUGUGCAAGACGAAGGAGAACCUGACGACGCUCAGCGGGAUAGAUCCACGUAUCCAAACCGUGUGCGUGGAUCUUCGCGACUGGAAUGCCACCAGAAAAGUGGUCGAGAGCAUUCUACCUAUCGAUCUGUUGGUGAACAAUGCCGGCGUCGCGGCUCUUCAGCCCUUCCUGGAAGCCACGGAGGAAGACUUCGACGUGACUUUCGACGUGAACGUCAAGGCCAUGCUCAACGUCUCCCAGGUGGUCGCUAGUGACUGGAUCAAGAGAAAAGUCGGCGGGAGCGUCGUCAAUGUGUCUUCGCAGGCCAGCCAGGCUGCCCUGAUGAAUCACGCUGUCUACUGCGCCUCCAAAGGAGCCGUGGACAUGCUGUCCAAAACGAUGGCUCUCGAGCUAGGCCCGCACAAUAUUCGAGUGAACACCGUGAACCCCACGGUGAUUAUGACAGAAAUGGGAAAACUAGGCUGGAGCGAACCGGCCAAGGCGCAGAGCAUGCUCAGUAAAAUACCACUGGGCCGAUUUGGCGAAGUGGACGAGGUGGUGGACGCCAUCGUCUUCCUCCUAAGCGAUCGCAGCUCGAUGAUCAACGGAGUCGCUCUACCCGUAGACGGUGGAUUCUUGGCUACGUAAACUGCGUCUCUAUGUACACCGAAUCUCGUUUCUAAAAUAAACUGACUGGUUUCAGAGACAA